UUGCAUUCGAGAGCAGCGAAAAACCAAAACAACACACACACCACACACACCACCCCAUACACAACAACCGCCGCCGUGUGAGAGUGAACAGGCUCACAGCUUCAGCACAAACACCAGCACCAAGCGAGCAGAGAUACAGCGAAGGUGCUCGCCUCUGUCUUCCCUUCUUGUGUCACAUCACUCACUUACCCCUCCCCCCUCGUCAAAGAAACCGGGCACGCACACAAAAGUGUCAAGAGUGAUCAGUUCAUUCCGUGGUUCGAACGAGAGCCAGAACAAGAAACAACGUCAACGCAGAGACCAAACAUCAUGACUGACGACUGGAGAGAGCAGCCCGGCGAUUGGCUGAAUCGACAGGAGUCCAGCUCCGGCAACCUAGUCUCUUCCCGCGCCUCCGUCUUCCUGCCGUCAAUGCAGGGGCAAACACCGUCCCGCAAUGACACCCAGGGCUCGUUUUCCCAGCCUGCAAGCACAGCACGUGGCUCCGUCAAACGCCUGUCCAAGAGUGCGCUUGAUGCUGUUGAGAUCUCGGAGCAGAUUGUGACGAGCCUCAUGUCCCUUCUCGACGCCCUUCAAGAUGUGGCGAGCGGGUCUGAGCUGAAGCCAGGGUCCCAGCGCCGCGCAUGUGUCGAGGCGUCGGUCAAGAGCCUUCCGGAACAGCUCAACCGGCUGCUUGAGGUGACGUCGCCGUCCAAGUCCGCGCCAACCAGCGCCAGGCGCCUCUCCAGCCGGCAGUCGUCACGCAACAGCAUUGGUCGCCGCUCCAUGCACGAGUCAACCUCCAGCCAGCAGUACCAGCAGGCACCCCUCUACGAGGACAUGGACGACACGGAGCGUCGUCUCCGCAUGGAGCGCGAGCGGCAGGAGCGCAUCAAGCGCCGCGACAACCGCGGCCGCCCGCCACCAAACUUCAACCUGAUGAUGGCAGAGGCCGAGAUGGCCAAGCGCACGGGCCGCCGCACCAGCACCAGCAUGCAGGACCAGCAGGAGGCGGAACGCGCCGAGGCGGAGCGGCGUGCGAUGGAGCAGCAGCAGGCCGAGGAGGAAGAGUACAUGCGCCAGCAGCAGCAGAUGCAACAGCAGCAGCAAGACUCGUAUGCUGGGCUUGACGAGACGGAGCGCCGCCUUCGCAUGGAGGCCGAGCGCCAGGAGCGCAUCAAGCAACGCGUCGUGUCGUCGUUCGGCCGUCCGCCGCCAAACUUCCGCGUCCUGUCCAGCCAGAGCAAACAGCAGCAGCAGCAGCAGCAGUCGCCUGCCAGCGGCGGCAGCGGCGGCGGCGGUGACAGCCGGCCCGUGAGCCGCGAGUCGCGCACACCGCGGCUGACGACGGCUGAGCUUGCUGCGCUGUCGUGGCGGGAGCAGCUCAAGUAUCGCAAGCGGAUGCAGGCUGAGCAGGAGCAGCAGAUGGAGCAGGAGGAGGAGCGAGAGCAGGCCCGAUUUGAGGGCAUGCCCGCUUGGAAGGCCGCACUCCUCAAGGAGCGCCAGCGGAAGAAGUGGGAGGCGGAGGCACCGAUGCGAGAGGCACAGCGCCGCGAGCGGGAGCGCCAGGAGUGGUUCAACUCGCUGCCACAAUGGAAACAGGACCUCCUCAUCAAGAAGCAGAUGGCCCAGUGA